CGGCCAUCGUACAUUUUCAUCUAGUUUCAACGUACACGUUGCCGAGCAGUUCGUCAAUAUAUAAAAAUAACGCCUAACGUUUCACCGACUAUAAAGACAAGACACGUUGACCUUGGACCAUGAGCCUAGGUAAGAGUGAUUCUAUCGCUGCCAUGGCAUCGUUGGUUAGUUAUGGAGGAGGAGACUCAGACCCUGACUCUGAUGAUGAUAAUGAAACUAAGACAGGCCAAGGCCUUGUAGAAGGGGAAGAGGCUGCCGACGUGGAUAUCAUCAGUGACGACGAAAUGCCGCAAGUCCAGGGAUUGGCUAAGGUUGCGGAUGACACCUAUUUGAAUGCCUCAACCAAUUCAGUGUCAGCUGUGGCAUUUUCAGAAAGUAUCCGCCGUUCCUGUAGCACAGACGAAGGAGACGUGAAACUACCUCCGGAGCCAACAGGAAGAUGCUCCAAACAUCUCCAGGAUAAAAUUGCCAAUUUCUACAAGAAACGCUUUAACCUGAACCAAAUACAGACCCGUAAAGACUUCCGAAAUCCCAGUAUUUAUGAGAAGUUGAUAAGCUACCUUCGCAUUGACGAGCUGGGCAGCAACUACCCGACAGAUGUGUUUAAUCCCCACGGUUGGGAUGAGAGUUCCUACUACGAAGCCCUGUCUAAGGUGCAGAAGGAAGACAUGGCCAAGAGGGAGAAAGAGAAGAAGGAACGCACCAAGGUGGAGUUCAAGAUGGGCAUGGUCAAGAAGACCACUCCAGUUCCUGCCAUCUCUACUGUCACGACCUCUACAGGUGCCGCUACGACAGCGUCAAGUACCGCCGCUUCCCAACCUGCUACUACCUCAGCUGUACCCUUGCUAUCAAUAACGACCAGCCACUCGGCACCAUCAGCUACAUCAGAUGAACCAGAACGGAAGCGCAAGUCAAAAUGGGGCGUGGUCCCCCAGGACUCCAUCAGGCCUCUACUGCCACUCCCUACUCCCAUCCAGUCGUUCCCGAUUGCCAUGGUAACCAGGCCUCAAGUCAACAUGAUGAGUGCCUUAGUGACCAACCCCGUCUCCUUGCCUCCCAUGAUGCCCGCAUCAUCGGUCGCCAAGACGACUGUCAUCCCCUCUGUAGGUGUGUUGAAAAAACCAAAGAUGGAGAAGUGAUAGUGCAUCGCUUUGUAGCAAAAGACAUUAAAGCGGAGACUGUCUGGUAUCACGCCUCCUCUAACCAUCAAUUUGCAUGAUCCUGUCUCUUGUCAACUAAUGAGGAUGAGAUCACAGAAUGAUGGUCCGUCACCUGGCCAGGUUUUUAGGUAGCCUUUGAAAAACCUGGUGUCCAUUUUUCUCCUCAAGUUCAAAAGCAGUGUCUGAGUUGGAGAAGUUGUAAGCUUUCCUGAAUUCCCCCAAAGGUUGUUCAAUAUAGCCCACAGGGUACCUGAAAGUUCGCCAGAUGGGAAAUCUGUGAUCAUUUUGUCGGGGCAUUGAUAUCAACGUCAGCGCAGCGUGCAGUUUUGGUUAGUUUUUGUUUCUGUCAAGUUAAGUUCACUGCAAGAAAGGACCAUGUUUCUAUUUGUUGUGUAGUAAAAUGAUCAAAGUAUUUGAUUGUACGUUG